UUGGAAAGAAAAAAAGAAAAAAAACAGAGAGAAAGAAAGUGUGUGUGAAAUGAUGGGAUCGUAGGCAGAACCAGUGUCAGUAUUUCCUCCACCAGAGGACUCCUCCUACUUCACUAAAAGUCCAGAACUUUUUCCCCCUCCUAUCCAAUAAGAGAAGUCUGUGGGAGACACCCCUUGCCUGUGAUUGGUCCAGAGUUUCACAGGCCCCUCCCUCACUGAGGAGUUGGAGUGAGUUGCCCUGUUAGUUUUUCUGAGCCACUCUUACUGAGUUACAUAGCAGAAGUGAGCACUGGACUAGCUGUCUGCUGCUGCUGUACGGUUCUGUGUUUGCUCAGCUGGAGACCGGAUCUUAGUGUUGCCGUUCCAGUCAGUCAAGACAAGUGGAUUGAUCAGACUUGUCCAACAUGAGGGCUGCACGCCCACAAAAAGAGCAGGCUCGCCCUGCUCAGGGGGCUAACUGCUGAGCAUGCUGGGUAAAGCGCCACCAACUACCAGUAGCCUCAACCUGGUGAACUCUGAGGUGCCUGACGCCACAGCGGACACACACGACGGCAUCACGAUGGCAGACCUGGUGGAGAGCCUGGAUACCAGAGAGCUGGACAUGGGGGAAGCAGAGGAGAACGACUACGAUGGAAACUACUUAGGGGACUGUCGUAUCCCAUUUUCAGCGGUGUAUGCCACAGUGGGCUUCAAGGAGGCCAACGCUAAGGUCUACCUUCCCACUGUGCCCAUUACUGCCCGGAUACUAGAGGUGGAGAGAUUCACCACCGCACAGGACCGCUUCAACCUGUCGCACCAAAGGAGUGUCAACAAGUCUCUGCCGGCAGUGUUUAAGAUUGAGCUGAAGCACGGAGAGUUUACCUGGGUGGUUAAGAGGAAGGAGAAACAUUUCAUGGAGCUGCACAGAGAGCUGAGGACGUACAAGACCUUAAUGAGGAUACCGCUGCCGUCACGCAGCCACACAGUGAGGAGACGGACGGUGAGGAAGAGCGAGGUGAGGGAGAUGCCCUCCCUGCCGAGGGGAGGAGGGGACGAGCUGGUGCGUGAUGAGCAGGUCUCCAGCAGGAGGAGACAAUUAGAAGACUAUUUGAACAAGCUGCUGAGGAUGGCCAUGUACCGCAAAUAUCACCAUACUAUGGAGUUCAUCGACAUCAGCCAGCUGUCUUUCAUUCAUGACUUGGGGCCCAAAGGACUAGAAGGGAUGAUCUAUAAGCGCUCAGGAGGACAUCGUAUCCCUGGCAUGAACUGCUGUGGUCACAGCCAGGCCUGCUACCGCUGGUCUAAACGCUGGCUGGUGGUGAAGGACUCGUGCCUGCUGUACAUGAAGCCAGACUCAGGGGCCAUCUCCUUUGUCCUCCUGUUGGAUAAAGAGUUCAGCAUCAAGAUGGACUCCAAAGACACAGAGACCAAACACGGAGUCCGGAUUGACAGCCUCUCCAGGACCCUCGUGUUUAAGUGCAUCAGCUACAGACACGCGCGCUGGUGGGGUCAGAGCAUCGAGAGCUUCGUGAGGAUCAACGCGAAGGCUUUCCUCCGAGAUCACCGCUGCGGCUCGUUUGCACAGGAGCAGGAAAACAUCGCCGCCAAAUGGUAUGUGAACGGAAAGACGUACAUGGAGGAUGUGGCUGAUGCUUUGGAGGAGGCUAAAGAGGAAAUCUUUAUCACCGACUGGUGGCUGAGUCCAGAGAUCUUCCUGAAGAGACCUGUGGUGGAGGGAAACAGGUGGAGGCUAGACUGCACCCUGAAACGCAAAGCACAACAGGGAGUGCGUAUCUUUGUGAUGUUGUACAAGGAGGUGGAGCUUGCCCUGGGCAUCAACUCGGGCUACAGCAAGAGGACCCUCUCACGCAUGCACCCCAACAUCAAGGUGAUGCGUCAUCCAGACCACGUCUCCUCCUCCGUCUAUCUGUGGGCGCAUCACGAGAAGAUCGUUGUCAUUGACCAAUCGGUGGCCUUCGUGGGCGGGAUAGACCUGGCAUACGGUCGCUGGGACGACAGAGAGCAUCGGCUGACGGAUGUCGGCAGCGUGACACGCUCUGUGGCCCUUGAGCAGGCCGCUAGCACUCCGUCCAGUAAGGGCGUGACCUCCGUCGAUGGCGUCUCCAAGAGCAACGGACGAGGGACGCCGCCCAGCGAUUCGGUGGACUUGCCCAAGCUGAAGGGGAUCGGACGCAGCCGGAAGGCUCGCUUCAGUCUGUACAGACACCUGCACAAACACGCUCUGCAGCACGCAGACAGCGUCAGCAGCGUAGACAGCUCAGGGAGUGGUUCAGUGCAAAGCCUCAAGACAGGUGUUGGAGAGUUACAGGGAAACACACGCUUCUGGCAUGGAAAGGACUACUGCAACUUUGUCUACAGGGACUGGAUCCAGUUGGAGAAACCUUUUGAUGACUUCAUCGACCGGUACACCACUCCUAGAAUGCCUUGGCAUGACAUUGCCUCAGUGGUUCAUGGCAGAGCUGCGCGCGAUGUGGCCAGGCACUUCAUCCAGCGCUGGAACUUCACCAAGAUCAUGAAGCCAAAGUAUCGCUCUCUGUCUUAUCCAUUCCUGCUGCCCAAGUCUCACUCCAGUGCCAAUGACCUCAGAUACCAAGUUCCUGACUGUGUCAAUGCCAAAGUGCAGGUGUUGCGGUCGGCAGCAGAUUGGUCGGCAGGUAUAAAGUACCACGAGGAGUCCAUCCACAAUGCCUACAUCCAGGUCAUCGCUAAGAGCAAACACUACAUCUACAUAGAGAACCAGUUCUUCAUCAGUUGUGCCGACAACAGGACGGUCUACAACAAGAUCGGAGACGCCAUCAUUGAAAGGAUCCUCAGAGCUUACAAGGAGGGUAAGAAGUACCGCGUGUAUGUGGUCACCCCGCUGCUUCCUGGCUUCGAGGGGGACAUCACCACAGGAGGAGGGAACGCCAUUCAGGCUGUCAUGCACUUCAACUACAGAACCAUGAUCAGAGGAGAGUACUCGAUCAUCUCCCAGCUGAAAAAGGAGAUGGACGACCAUUGGAUGAACUACAUCUCCUUUGCCGGAUUGCGGACUCACACUGAGCUGGAGGGACGCCUGGUCACGGAGCUCAUCUACGUGCACAGCAAGAUGCUCAUCGCUGACGACAACACGGUCAUCAUCGGUUCUGCUAACAUCAACGACAGAAGCAUGCUGGGUAAACGCGACAGCGAGGUGGCGGUGAUUGUCGAGGACUCCGAAAAGGUCGCUGGAGUGAUGGACGGACAGGAGUACGAAGCUGGACCCUACGCUCUUCAGCUCCGCCUCGAAUGCUUCCGGACCGUUCUCGGAGGUCACACUGACACCAGUAUAGACAUGUCUGACCCCAUCAGUGAUCGCUUCUAUAAGGAGGUGUGGAUGACCACCGCUGGCCGCAACGCCACCAUCUAUGAGAAGGUAUUUCGUUGCCUUCCUUCGUCCCUGGUGAGGAACAUGUCCGAGCUGGAGCAGUACCAGUCCAAACCGGGUUUGGCCCAGACCGACCUGGCCCGCGCUCAGGAGGAGCUGCGCAAAAUCAGAGGCUUCCUGGUCCAGUUUCCUCUGGACUUCCUGUCUGAGCAGAACCUCAUGCCCUCUGUUGGAACGAAGGAGUCCAUGGUCCCAACUGAGAUCUGGACAUAAGGGAUGUGCCACCACUGCCAGCCACUUACACAUCGGAAUUUAUUUCUUGAGGAAAGUAUCUGGAUUGUGGUUGUCAUCAAAUGGUUGUAUCGGAUUAUUAGAGAGAUUGCCUUUAAUCCAAAAACGAGAGUCUCCUCUGGAUUGAUGUGACUGCUGGGCAUUGACAAAUCUCUUUAAUCUGUUCCUAAUGAAAAAACACUAAACCGUAGUACAGUUUAUUUGGGUUGGCAUUAACACUUUUGGGAAGUAUGAAGAACAAAAUGAUAUCGCACUUGAAGAUAAUUCAAGGGCUGAAUUCAGCUUGUGGAGAUGAGAAACAGGCACAUGAACUUUGGGUUUCGGGAAUCAACUCAACUCUGCACAUUUUGACCUUUGGACUUGCGGAAAAGCUCAGAAGACAGCGAGGAUUUGAAAAGAACCAGGAUGGAGGCGAUGGUGACAGUGUUGGUGAUGAUGCUAACAAAUAUUCGUCUCUUAGUUAAAAAUGAUCACAGAGACGGUGAUGCAUGUGACUCACUGAGCUCGUGAGGAGUGCUCAUAAGGUGCGUUAGUGCUAAGUAGGCUGUUUACGAAACUCCCAGAGGAGUUGUCGGAACGAGUUUAACAGCUACUGUCGUCUAUCUACGGUCAGACUUUGCUGUGCAGUACAUGUACAAUGAGACAAUUUUAUAGAUGAAACAGUGGUGCAUGAUUUUGCUAAAUGUGCUAUGUACCAAUCCAUCUCUGAUUUUAAAAAAAAAAAAAAAAAAAAAAAAAAAAAAAAAAAAAACCUCAGAUAUUGUAUUUUCUGUCAAAGGUGUUUUGUGACAGAUGAUUAUUAGACGUGAGGUCUGAACUUUACUGCGGAAAUCAAGGGGAACUGUGUUGAGCUGACCCAGGUACAGAAGUCAUCCUUCUAUGUUUAGAGUGGUGAGUAGAAACUGAUCAUGGCUGAGGGUGUUUGAUUAAAGGCUGCAGUGUUAAAUGGUUGUGCCAGUGGUAAAUAUCAGAGGCUGGAUUAGACAAUCGGUGCACAAAUUCAAAAGAGUAAUUUCCUCUUUGCUCAACAGAUGGUGCUAGUUCCUUAAAACUACAGUUUGUGUACAGCAGUCCAAUAUGGGCCUUUCAGUUCUCCUGUAUAUUGUUCUUCAUCUUGUGGUGACGGCUUUCUCUUAAGUGCUGAAAUAGAGUCUUUGAAACAAUGUAAACAAAGAAAAUGAAAUCAACAUUUUCCAUAUAGCAUGCAAUUGAUGCCAGAGGCAAAGCUAUCAUGUGAAGAUAGUCUGACAUUGCUUGGUAUACGUUUCCUGUUUUGCAGGCGGUUCCAGUGAUUUUUCUUGAUAACCUUUUCACUUCCAGUGAAAGUUGAAAUGAAUUUUGUUUUUGUAAUGUAACACAGCCUGCACCUGUCAAGGGGAAACUACGUUUUUCUAGGGAUUCUUAUGGUGUGUGACCUUCAGUGUGGGGCAAUUGACGUACUUUGUAGAUGUGAAUGUAUGGACUCGUAUGUCACCUGAUUUGUUUUUUAUAAUAUUUGCUACUUGUCAUUUGUCAAACUCUUUUUUUUUCAAGGGAGCCAGGACAGGCAGCAGCAGCAGUUAAGGAUUAGCUGAGGAUUCUCACGAAGGUUAUGAAACAAUAAAGGUGUUCCUUGGAGCUGCUGGAGGGAGGCUUCAUAGAAAUCAAACAAACGUAACCGCUUACUUUAACAGAACUCCUUUGUAUUCAAAAAUACAAAGGAGUUCAACUGCCAAUCAAAUAACUGCCAAUAAUAAGUGUUAUUGUAUUGUUAAUGGGACCAGAAAAUGUAUGAAUGUUAACUGAAGUGAUCAUGACUGGAAACAUCCCAGCCUUUCUUUCCACAAAGACAAACACUACUUGCUGUAUUUGUCACUGCAUUAUCUAUGGAAUAUAAAUAAUUUAACAUUCUUUAAACAUGUUUUUUUUUUUUUUUAAUGUACGGCAUGGUUGUAUGGAUGGUUGUGGAUUUGUAACAAAACCUGAAUGUUUUUUUAUCAUAACCAUCAUUCAGCAGUCUUUUCCGUCAACUAUCUGUAACACGUGGCCUCAAUUCAACUGAUCUUGCUUCCACUAUUUUUGUACAAUUUGUAACUUCUGUCCGUUCAUUUAACACGGUGUAACUUUAUAAUUUAAAUGUCUAACAAAUAAAUUUGCCUUUGGA